GUACCAGGUACCUCAUAUCAUAAUCACCAUCCGAUUUCUACCCUCUUCUCCUUGUUGGUGUCGAAUACGCCCUUUUUAAUGUUUUAAGAUGGCGUUUUCUCCAACUCGUCUAUCAGUUCCUGUCGGGCCCAGUGUUACUGAUGAUAUAGAUAAUAUUUCCCUGGCUUCCACUGAUUACGGAGUCAAUAGUGAAGAUCAGGAUAAAGAAUGGACUGUUGCAGACCUCUACGCCGAUCGGGCUCACCCGGAAAGACCGGGUGAGAGACAGUACCUAAUCAAGUGGGAGGGGUUUCCGAUGGAUCAGUGUACGUGGGAGCCAGUGGAAAACCUAGGACCGGGUCUUCUUGCGCAAUGGGAUGAGAUCCAGGAGGAGAUUGCAACCGGACAGCGCCAACCUUUUGACGUUGAAAUAUAUAACACUGCAUGUAGAGAAAAGGCGGAAAGACACGAGAGACGGAAUGCAAAACGGAAGAGAUUGGGGCUACCGCUCACCGCACCUCUGCCUCUUGAAGGUCCUACUGAGGAUUCUUCAACAAUGAUUGCCUCUGGAAAUGAAAUGGACCUCGAUAGCGGACUGAAAGAAACGAGUAACGUUGAUCCGGACCAUCCAACACCUAAGAUAAAACCCCAGAAAAUCAUCAAGCAGAAGAUGUUUAAUGGAAUCCCAACCCCUACAGAGGCGGGCUCGGUUCAAAACAAGAGUAAGAAUAAGCGGGCACCAACGCACCCAAUACCGUCUAAACCGGCUCAGCAGCCUCUAAAGCCAACACGAGCGUCUUCGGGCGAUGGGGGAAUAGGCACUACCAUGACCGGGUACCAAGGCACCGCAAGAAAGCCCAGCACAGACACGAAGAAAGCAUCAAAUCAAACGACGACAAAUUCAACGUCGAAGGCUCCUUCGUCGCUCCCGCCGAAGAUGUCGUCUAGCCUAGCAAACAAAUUUUCUGGGAAGCGGCAUACCGCGACUCGCACUCAACCUCAACCAGCCGCCUUACCUGCACGAAAAACUAACGUCUUCGUUGGAGGUAAAGAGCGGAAGAAGCGGGCGAGUCUUGGCGAUGUCAUGGAUGACCCGUCAAAGACACCAAAGGCCUUCAAUUCAAUGCGUGUCAUGAAUAUCGCAAAAAAAAGGGGUAUCGAAAGAAUGGAUGGAGCGCACCUUGAUAUCUCAUCUAUCCCGGCUAGUUUCAUCGUAACAAACGCGAGGUCUCCAGUUACGCCCAUAGCAAACGCUCCAAUUGUACAAAGUCCUACGGCAAUAUCGCCGAGCGGCAUGAACAUAACUACACCGACACUAAAGGCGAAGAAGUCUGUUCGCUUUACUGGAGCGCAGAAUGACGCAUCGGAGGAUACGCCCAUGGGCGGAGCCACAGAUGACGGAGUCGGUCUUGUUGUUGAUAGUCCAAUGGACAUCGAUCAUCCCCCAGAAACUCCGGACUCGCUUAAAGUUCAUCCAUCAAGGAAAUUAUCCUUGACCAAUUACCAGGAACGAGGGCAGACUCAGGUCGUUCUAAGGACAGCCGUAUUCGGAAAGGGUGGAUCUGAGCCGAUCCAAGUCCUAUUUUGCGGCAUCACUCGCCAACUUCAGCCCUGGCUGUCGGCUUUUAUGGCACAAGAGACAUUACAUUUUGAUUCCAUCUGUUCUUCGUAUGAUUUCGUCUCCCGCAAAAAUGAGUUGAUAAUGGGGGAAACUCUCUCUGACGGUACGGUAGAGGCCAAAUCCAAGGAGCUUUCGUCAACCUUGAGUAAUGUGGCGGAACACCUUCGACGAGGCUCAUAUGGUAGUCACCUAAUCACGGAACAAUUUUCAAUUCUUGUCUAUCCUUCAAAAUGCGAUGGCUGGAAUGGACUCGGCGUCGAUACAAGCAAGCUCAACCCAGAGUCUCAUUUGCGAUAUAUAAUCUAUAAAUCGCGUAACGAUACGAAACUCUACCCCCCAGCGUCCGUUCCUCGUGCUCCAAUCCGACUGAGCCACGUGGAACAAGGAUCGCACUGCCGAGUACUUAUCAAGGACUUACUUGGGUUGGAUUUCUCUUUGUUUUUGCCUCAGACCCCUAAAGAGAAGGAUAAUCAGGUGUUCAUGUUGCUUUUCCCCGAAGGAGAAAAACAAGUAUGCAAUAUGAUCAAGCUUUGGCUCCGUUCAUGUCAACCAGCCUGCCAAAUAUUCACCAACGAAAUCAAGGACAGCUGGGCACACUUCCACGAGACCGUGCAAACAGGCAAAGCAGGUACUAUUAUCUUACAUGAAGAUGUUAGUACAUCUAUCCGGAAAUUGCCCCGGAUAUUCCAAAUGAUUGACAAUAAAUGCUGUUAUACAUUUUGGGAUCUUGCUACGGGCCAGUAUAAUCCGCCGAGGUUCCCUUCGGACAUAUGCGCGUCUAUUGAACCCGGCACACUCCAACUCACACGAUUAUUUCCCCAGGGCCGAGCCUUUUUUAUCACGCCUAGUUUUGCACUGUCAGAUCCGGUCCGUCUUCACAAGUUUCUGGAAUGGUUUAAAAAUUACUGCUGUAACCCUCAUUAUCUGAUUAUGGCCUGCGCAAAUUUUCCGGACUACCUUAAAGUAGUCACGUUGGAGAAAGAAGCGGAACGAAAGAGGAUGUGUUUAGCACAUAAAAACAACCCUCAUCUUGAGGAGCUCUUAGCAGAAUCCGGUUUAGGGAAGCAAGAGCUCGAAGCAAGAUUCCGAGCGUGGGAGGCCCUGAAGGGGAUCAUAACCGAUUUUGGAGACGAAGAAACGAGUGAAGAGAUCCGAAAAGUGGAAUGGGUCACGGAUUUUAUCGAUCCAAACGACGAGCAGAGUUUGGUAAAUUAUUUUUGUUGGUGGUCUAGCUUGAAGUGUGAUCGAUAUCGCAAAUUUACCGUGCUUGGCUCGAAUAACAACAAAAACAGAGCCGCUUACAGGAACAUCGAGAUUCCUGUCUAUACAGAAGAAACGGUCAACAACCCCGACAUAGCUUCGGCGCGUGAGAAAUCAAGAUAUUUUGCUCAUGACGCCUCCGUAGCCCCUGGUAGCGCGAGCAGCGCGUCUGCUCCACAUGCAUUCCAUCCUCGUUCGUCCCUUAGCGGCAGCAGCGCUACUGAGCUCAGCCUAUGGAUCACCAAUCUUCCCAACCGCCUUAUGAGAAAAAGAAAUUGGGCUAAGCUACACUACAAGCCCGUUUCGUGGCUGCAUGUGCCGAUGGCUGACCACUUUGGUGAUUCGAGAUGCGAGUACGAUACCUUCAAGAACUGGUUGGGUAAUGCCCACAGGUUCGCAAAUAUUAACACUUGGUAUGGUCUAUUCUAUACCAUAGACGACGAGUGGAACUCCCGGUUGCCUCCCAGCUCAUAUAGGCGCCACCCUUGGAUUGCAGUGCUUAGGCCUAAGAAUCCCCAUUUCCACAUUGCUACAUAUGCCGAAGUAGAACUGUUUAUCUGGGAUAUAUCCGCCCAUGACCGAGAAUCCGGACGCGGGAAAGCUGUACUACUUAACAUGCAGCGGCAUCUAAUCGAUCUUGUUAGAAGGGAAAUAUCACUGAAGGAUUCAAACUACUACCUUGGUGAUGUCUAUAUGAGCAGUAAAACCGACUUGAAGUAUAACCCAGAGGAUAGGCAAUUAGAUAUCACAAAGCGAAUGAUAGAAAAAAUGAUGGCAGACGGCAAGCAAUGGUUACCUCACUUAGAAUCUCUUUUGCCAGAUAAGGGCUGGAUACGUAUUCCAAGAUAUGAGUGGGAAGAAGGAGUGAGACACCCAAAGCCACAAAAGCAGAAGCCAAUACCCAAACACGAGGGCAAUGAGAAUAAGCUCCCGAGGUCUAUAUGGCAUGCACCGCGUCCUGGAACCAAAUUAGAGAAGUCAACAUGCGUCAACGAUCUUUAUGAGGCUGCUUUUAGCGCUCGGGCGAAGGACCCAUCAUGUCAGAGGAUGAGAUACCAGUAUAGAUCGACUCUGGACUGGUAUCACGACAUGAAGGCGGAAGGUCGUGAUUCGAGUCACGUCCAAGUCGACAGUGCGGAUAGAAUUUUGACCAAGCUAUUUCAGAAGAAAUAGAGUUCUGAUGGGAAACUUGGUUCUCACUUCACGUCUAAAAAGCCUAAGGAAGAUUCUAAUGGGGAACGUAAAAAGAAUUGAUUUGGAAAGCGUUGGAUUGAUGCGAGGUAUAGGAGGGUUGGGGCAGAAGAUACCUACCUAUCUAUACACCCUGUGCG